AUGAAAAUCCCCUUUUCCCGAGCUGUUUGUUUCUCUACUCAGGUUGCUUGUGCGUUGAUUAUAGCGGGCGAAAAUUUGAAGAAUCAUGUUGAUGUGAAGAAUGUUCUUGUUGACAUAGGAAUCUACUUCCAAGUGCAGGAGAACUAUGGUAAAUCCGACCAAUCAAACGCUGCUAUAGUGAAGGAUCUCUUCAAAGAGCUUGAUCUUGAAGAAGUGUUCAUGGAAUAUGGGAGCAAAACUUACGAGAAGCUUAAGCAAGUGAUUGAGGCUCACCAAAGUAAAACAAUCUAA